CACCAGAAUAUACACAUAUUCUAACAACUCAACCAAAAGCUUAAGCUGAUGGUUGAAGCCCCAGGAAUAGAUUUAUACUCUAUCACAAACCCUUAAGAACCCAAGUCCCUAAUUGAAAUCCUCCUCAACCCGAUACGACAACUCGUUUAAUCCUAUAGACCACAGACAAAAUUGAGAACCCAUAAAAAAAAAACAAAAGUUAGUUACUCUCAUUCCCAUCAACUCCUCUAAAAAAAACUAACUCAUCCGAGUGGGAAAAAAGAAAGAAAAGAAAGAGAAGAAGAUGGGAACGAGAGAGAGAGACAGAGAUCUUGAGCUACUCAUCCCUGUCGCAAUUCCACCAUUGGUUCCUAACAAUGGAACCUCUAAACCUUCAACUCCUUCUUCUCCCUCUUCAUCCCCUGGCUCUGUUUCUUUCCACCACCCUUCACCCAACAAAGAGGCAUGUUGCAAAGUCAUCCGCAUCUGGGCAUCAAAAAAGUUCAUGAGUGGAAGUGUGAUUCUGCUUCCUAUUGCCAUCACCUUUUACUUCACUUGGUGGUUUAUUCAUUUCGUGGAUGGAUUCUUCUCACCAAUCUAUACACAUCUUGGAAUAAACAUAUUUGGUCUUGGGUUUAUGACAUCCAUCACAUUUAUCUUCUUGGUUGGAGUAUUAAUGUCAUCAUGGUUAGGAGCUUCUAUUCUCCAAUUGGGAGAGUGGUUCAUCAAGAAAAUGCCCCUUAUUAGCCAUAUAUAUUCUGCUUCGAAACAAAUUAGUGCCGCAAUAUCACCAGAUCAAAACUCGCACGCUUUUAAAGAAGUAGCUAUGAUCAAACAUCCACGCGUAGGAGAAUAUGCACUUGCAUUUAUCACAUCUACUGUCACUCUCCAAAGCAAUAUGGGUGAAGAGGAACUAUUUUGUGUUUAUGUACCUACAAACCACCUUUACUUAGGAGACAUGUUUCUUGUUAACUCAAAAGAUAUUCUGAGGCCUAAUCUUUCGGUCCGUGAAGGACUAGGUAAGUUUAACUCAGAAAUGGAAAACUUCAUAAAUUCUUGUAAAAGUUGCUCAAAUUUAUUAACUCAAAAUUUUCUGAUUUGUUUCAAUAAACUUUGGGGCCAGAAAUUGUCAUAUCUGGGGGCAUGUCAAUACCUCAAAUACUGACAACAGUAGAUGCACGAAUCUUGCGGGAUGUAAAAGAAGGAGAUUUUUCUGGAAUAUCAGUUUAAUGUUGGUUCAUUGAAGAAAAUGGAGAAGAAACUAUAGAACUUGUAGCAGAAACUGCAUGGUGAAUUCUCACGAGGCCAAAGGAAAAAGACAAGAAACAGCUGUUUAGGAACUGAAUUUUUUUUAGUGAUUCUUCUGUUAUUUGUGAUUAGCAUUUACAUAAAUAUAGUUAGAUAUACAUUAGAAUUGGAAAUUGGGAUCAGCAUUAUGCUUUCGAAUUUGUAUUCUCAUUCUUUAGUAAAACUCUUAUGAUUAAUGAAGAAUUGCUA